CAUGGUGGUUUCUUUCCGCUAUUCUAGUGGGUAUAGAAAUGGUGGAGUUCGGCUACCUCCUAACGAUGGUAGGACGUGCUUCCCACGAACCGUGGCCGUUGAGAGCUCUCAGGACUCAACCUUAGUUCUUAGGCUGUCGUGGUGGUCCGGUCUUUCAAAUUUAAUCCGAAUGUCUUUAAUUAGAGUGGUUUAGUACUGGUUAUUCUUUUUCAUUCUUUUAAGUAUGUCUGAAUGUAAACAAAGUGACAGCUUUGGAAAGAGGUUGGAUGUAUGAACUUCAAAAUGGAUACGCAUCAAAACAUCUCCGAUGGGACUAAUGCGUGGCAAGCUUCAUUCUCCACAUUACAGAUGCACUACAAAAAUGAACUUCUAGCUGCCAGAAAUACAAGUGGAUUGAGUCAUCAACCAGUCCCUAGAAAAUUAACAACUGAAGCUUACAUUAUGCUGUGCACAAUUUUGCUUUUUGCAAUUCUAACUGUAAUAGGAAGUUCUAUCACUGUAUAUGAAAAAUACAAAAAAAUUGGAAAAGAGAGCUCUUUAACAGCAAAGAAAAGAGAGAAAAAAGAGGAAAAAAAUGGUUUCAAAAAAACUCUUAACUUCUUUUGCUUCAUCACUAAUGCGAAGAGAACAUUCAAUAUUUCUUCAAAAGACGAGCAACUGAUUUGCUUGAACGGAAUCAGAGCCAUCUCGGCGCUAUUGGCCGUAUUUUUUCAUUCUUGUUGGCUGAGUAGCAAUGUAUUUAAAUCUUCUGAGAGAUAUCAUUAUAUUGUGAAAACAAGGAUGACUCUAUUUUUUUAUAAUGGAGUUUUUGUGGUAGAUACGUUUUUUGUUCUUAGUGGGCUUUUAAAUGCGUAUUCAUUUUGUCAUCGCCACGGCAAAAGCGAAGGAAAAAUUUCGUGGAUUUCAUUUUAUGCACGCAGAUUUCUCAGGAUUUCGCCUUUAUAUUUCUUUGUUAUUGGAUUUUACUCUACGUUGUUUUCCUACCUCGGUUCAGGAGUCUUGUGGCCAACCUAUGACACAAACCCAGUGUGUAAAGAAAAUUGGAUAUGGCAUACUUUAUACGUAAAUAACUUCAAUUCACAAAUGAAACAGUGCUUAAUGACCACUUGGUAUUUGCCGUGUGAAAUGCAAUUAUACAUAAUUAGUCCUAUUUUUCUGUUGCUAUUGAUGAGAAAACCAAAGGCAGGAUAUGCUAUUAUAGUCCUUGGCAUCUGCUGCUCAUGCUUAAAUAAUUUUAUUUAUACCAAACAGUAUAAACUGGUCGACGGUAUGAGGGCGUUUUCAGAUUAUUAUCCCGAUAACGUUGGAACAUUUUAUAGACGAUUUUGGGAAUAUUUUGAUAUGCUUUAUGUGAAGCCCAUUCCGAGAUUAGGUUCCUAUUUGAUUGGAUUAACUCUUGGACAUUAUUUGUACCAAAGGAAGUUCAGCCCAAUUAAACCCUGGAGUCCGGUAACACUUUCUUUGGGAUGGAUUAUAACUGCCAUUUUCCUGUGGAUUUCAAUAUUUGCUCUUUAUGGCAGAGAAGAAUAUGCUAUGGAAUUUGCUGUCUACAAUGGGCUGAAGCAUCUGUUAUUUUCUUGUAGUGUGGUAUGGGUUAUAUUCGUAUGUGCAACGGGACAAGGAGGUUUCGUCAACAAAUUCCUUUCGAAUAAAAUGUUCAUUGUUAUUUCUUCUGUAUCAUUUGCAACAUAUCUUGCUCAUUUCUUCAUCUUAGAGAGAUAUUAUUUGAUGCAUGAAGAACUAAGAGAUUUUAAAUUGAUGCUAUCGAUACGUCAUCUCGCUCUGCAGUAUCUACAGAUAUUUAUUGUUUCCGCUGUAGUAUCAACGAUUUUUGAGGCUCCUAUGUCAAGGAUUACUCAAUUAUUCCUGGACGGAAGCAAACAAGAAAUAAAAACUAUCAAGCAAAUAUAAUGAAAUAAAUGGGGAUACCUAUUAUUAUAUUAAUAUGUUUUUCAGAAAAGGUAAAAUGAAUCUAUUAACACAUUAA